AUGGCGUCUACACGAGCAACUGGGCUCUUGAAUUCCCAAUUUCGGGGCUCUGCCCGCAUUACGUCUUUCGGACGCAGCAUCUCUGCAGUCCCGACCUGCCGACUCACAACACGCCUGGCUGGCCCUGGAACGAGGACAACAACCAGAACGGUGGCUUCUGCUGCCUUCAAAAUCCCCACCAUCUCCAACGAGCCCAACCAUCACUACACGAAAGGCUCUGCCCAGCGCGAAGGGCUCACUGCCGCGCUCGAUGCCCUGCAGAGCAAGCUUCCUUUAGAGGUGCCAAUUGUUGUCGCUGGCAAAGAGAUCAAGACAGGCAACACCGGGAAGCAAGUCAACCCGGCCGACCACAACACCACCGUGGCGACGUACCACCAAGCCUCGCCGUCCGACAUCACCAAGGCAAUCGAAUCGGCCCUUGCGGCCAAAUCCUCAUGGGAGUCCGUCCCCUUCGCCGACCGCGCCGCCGUCUUCCUCAAAGCCGCCGACCUCAUCUCCACCAAGUACCGCUACGAUAUCAUGGCCGCCACCAUGAUCGGCCAGGGCAAGAACGCGUGGCAGGCCGAGAUCGACGCCGCGGCCGAGCUGGCUGACUUUCUGCGCUUUAACGUCAAGUACGCCGAGGAGCUAUAUGCCCAGCAGCCAGCGCACCACAGCCCCGGCGUCUGGAACCGCGUCGAGUACCGGGCCCUUGAGGGUUUCGUGUACGCCGUCAGCCCCUUCAACUUCACCGCCAUCGCCGGCAACCUCCCCGGCGCCCCGGCGCUGCUCGGCAACGUCGUCGUCUGGAAGCCCAGUGACUACUCGAUCGCGUCCAACUGGCUUGUCUACAACAUACUGAUCGAGGCCGGCUUGCCCCGUGAGGUCAUCCAGUUCGUGCCCGGCAACCCCGAGGAGGUCACCAAGGCUGUGCUGGCGCACAAGAAGUUCGCCGCCCUCCACUACACAGGCAGCACCGCCAUCUUCCGCAAGCUGUACGGCGCCAUCGGUAACGGCGUGGCCAACGGCCACUACCAGUCGUACCCCAGGAUCGUCGGCGAGACGGGCGGCAAGAACUUCCACCUGAUCCACCCCUCCGCCGACGUCGAUAACGCCGUCAAGCAGACAAUCCGUGGCGCUUUCGAGUUCCAGGGCCAGAAAUGCAGUGCGACGUCGCGGGCGUACGUGCCCAGUUCACUCUGGCCCCAGUUCAAGGAAGGCCUGACUGCCGAAACUGCCAAGAUCAAGAUUGGCAACCCGGUCGACCACAGCAACUUCAUGGGUCCCGUCAUCCACGAGGGCUCGUUCAAGAAACUCUCGGGCGUCAUCGAUGCGGCUAAGGACGACAAUGAGCUGGAGCUCAUCGCGGGCGGCAUGUACGACUCUUCCAAGGGCUACUUCGUGCACCCGACCAUCUACAAGACAACAAACAAGAAGCACAAGCUGCUGAGCACCGAACUCUUUGGUCCUGUGCUGACCGUCUAUGUGUACGACGAUGCGGUGAACUCGGCGCAGGCUUUCUCAGAGGUGUGCGACCUCGUCGACUCGACAGGCGAGUACGGCCUCACGGGCUCCAUCUUCGCGACGGACCGCGCGGCGGUCCGGUUCGCCGAGGACAGGCUGCGCAACUCGGCCGGUAACUUCUACAUCAACUGCAAGAGCACUGGCGCCGUCGUGGGGCAGCAGCCGUUCGGCGGCGGCAGGGCUAGCGGCACGAACGACAAGGCGGGCAGUCCGAACCUGCUCACCCGUUUCGUGAGUAUGCGGAGCAUCAAGGAGGAGUUUGCGGCGACAACCAAGGUCGAGUAUCCCUCCAACGAGGUUUGA